UAAAAUAUAUGUAUGAUAAAAUGUAAGUUUAUACCUAGUAACCUAAAUAUAUUUAUCUUAAAAGAAUGAAUAGAAAACUAAACCUUUUUGAAAAUCUUGAUGAUUCAAUGUCCGAAUCAGUUUCAAAUUAUGAUGACUAUACUUCAGCAUCUCAAAGCGACACCAGAUAUUUGAUCAACAUGCAAGAUCAAGAAUCAGUUAUAGAUUUAGGUGAAGUUUCGAAAGAAGUAUUAGAGUCUACUAAUGAAUUUGAAUACAUAGAUAUUCCAACUAUACCUGGUUACAAAUAUCCAAUAGAUGAUGAUAAUGUUCAAUCGAUUAGUCAUUUAUUAAAUGAAUGGGGAUUGAGUUGUCUAUAUAAAACAUGCUUAACUGAACUUGUGGAUGUCGUCACUUUGUCGAGAAUGAUUAGAAAAGAAAUCAUGAAGUUAGCAGAAAAAUUUCCUUUGGGCGUUCAAGUAACAUUGAGAUAUAAUGUGGAAAAAUGGCAAAAACAAAAUGAUUCAAACAUAAACUUAGCUUCUAAUUCUAUUUCACUACCUUCGUGUUCAAAAGAGGUCUUACCAUCAGAUUUAUCAUCAAGCUUUGUGUUAUUUGACGUCUUAAAAUGCACAUCAGGUGCUAUGAUAACUGAAUAUUACAGAUCUCAUAACAGCUUAAAUGAUAAUAUUAGGACUUUACUAGUUGAACUCAUUAUUCAGCAUCUAAUAUCAAAUAAAAUAGUUAUGUCCGUAGCACUUGCUGAAAAUGUUGCAGACCAAAUUCAAAGAAUUUUUCCAUCUGAACUAAAGGAAAAUUAUUUUAUGAAAGACCAAUCGAAACAACCCAAAGGCAAGAUUUACUGCAAAUAUUUUAAUAGAAUAAGAACAUUGAAGACAAGUGGGUUGAUAACUAAAAAUACUAAUAAGAGACAAAUGAUCAAAUCAUCCAAUAGUAACGUUUUUAGUCCAUGGGAUAGUAAUAAUUUUGGUAAGUUCAUUAAAAUAAAUGACUGUUUUUUUAAAAAAAAUGUUACUUAUUUUUAAUAAAAUGUAUUACUUAUUUAUUACAGAACCUGAAGAAGAUAUAA